AAGUUCGCCUCGGGUGCCAGCAAUCCUUGGGCCGUCCCUGCCCCCAAGGAACUCAAGGUGGCGGGCGGCUUCCUAGUUGAAUCCUCACAACAACCCUGUGAGGUAGGUUCGGCCGAGACGUCGCCCAGCAACCUCCAUGACCGAUCUGUAGGUGCUGAUGCUUCCUACUGGUAAAGAUGCCAUCCCGAACUAACCUGGCAGCUUCAAUCCCCAGCAGCAAAGUGAAAUAUUCCAAGCUUGCGAGCACAGAUGAAGGCUACAUUGACCUGCAGUUCAAGAGGAGCCCCCCCAAGAUCCCCUACAAGGCCAUUGCUCUGGCCACUGUGCUGUUCCUGAUUGGCACCCUUCUCAUUAUCAUUGGGGCUCUGCUCCUGGCAGGAUACAUCAGCAAAGGAGGAACCGAUCGAGCGAUCCCUGUUCUGAUCAUCGGAAUCCUGGUGUUCCUUCCUGGCUUCUAUCAUUUGCGUAUUGCGUAUUUUGCUUCCAAAGGCUACAGGGGCUAUUCCUAUGACGACAUUCCUGAUUUUGAUGACUAGAAUAUGGCAGAACACAGCUUUUUUUUAGGAAGAGAAGUUUUUGCAACUUUUGCAAAAAAAAAACCCACAAAAGGAAAAUGGGGGUUUCUGCAUAAUUUCCCUUUGAUUUCACGGAGAAUGUUGCUACAUCAUGCAAAGCAAAUCAUGUGAGCAGCUGUCAGGGGAAACAUGUCUGCUUUGAGAUGGGAAGUUAUUUCUGGGCGGCAAAUGCAGCUGUGCCUCUUAGCCCAGCACCAUAUGGAGGCACGUGAGCUUAAGGGGGAGGAAGAAACUCAGGUGUUUUUGUUUGGGGUUUUUUAAAGUCUGUUGGUAUUUCUUCUCAGUUGACUUUUUAUCUAGAGCUGAACAUCUGCAAAGCAAGAACUGGAACUAGUGGUUAAUGAUUGUGUGACCAAGAAAUCUGUUCAGGCAGGCAUUCUCGCAAUUUGGCCUUUUGAGGAGCCAGUCAAAAUUUAAGGAAAAUAGAGGGUGGCUUUUAACACCACCUAGAACAUGACAUUUACCAAUAAGCCCAUAAAACUAUGCGAUACUUAAAAAUAGAGAAAAGACUGAAAACCCAGAAAAUAAAAUCUCGGGCUGGGGGGGGGGGAGCACAUCCUCCAUGGCAUACACACUCUGUUUCCUCUCAAACAAUUAGUUCAAGAGCAAAAAAAGAAACCGCAUAAGAAAGCAUUAAAAAAAAAACCACAUGCACACACUUUUGUAAGCCAUGUCCGACAAAGUCUCUCACUUUUGUGGGUGAUCCAAUGUACACCAAAGUUGACACACCUCUGUCUGGCUGACCCAGAUUAGAUCAGUUCCAGCCCCUGCUAAAGUCUCUUUCCCAGGUACCAUGCCAAAAGGUUUCCUAUUACAUCUCUUCCCCCCUCCCCCAGCAGAAUUCAAAAACUGUUGUCAGGUGGGACACAACUAUUCAAAGAUGCUGUAGUUGUCUAUUCUGUCCACUGUCUAAAUCAGCCUUCCUCAACCUGGUGCCCUCUGGACGUUUUGGACUACAAUGCCCAUCAGCUCCAGCCAGUCCAUGCAAGGUAGAUGAGAGCUGUAGGACAAAGUACCUGGAGGGUGCCAUCUUUAGAGGAGGCUGGCCUAAAUGCUAUGCAGUAUUCCUGAAAUAGGAUACAUAGAUAAAUCCCAGUCUGCAUAAGAGUUCCUUUUGUUUUGUCUAAACCUCUGCUAAAGUCUGGGUUCCACGCUAGGUUUGCACAGCUUUUAGAAUGCAAAAGAGGAUGUAUGCAAUGAGGUUUUAAUUUGUGCUUGCAGAAUAUGUAAUUAAUAUAAAUAAAGAACAUACAAUAUUCUACCUUGA